UCGGCCAUUUUUUUUACUGAGGGGCUGAUGUUGCUGCUUGCUUCAUUUGUGCGGAUUAUGUCAACAAACACUGAGUGAAAUGAUAAAGUGGUGCAGUAAGGAUUUAACGCUACAGUACAGGUUAUAUUAUAUUAGUUAAUUUAGCAGAAAUUGGCUUUGGCUUAAACUUAAAAUAAUGGAGGAGGAAGCUAUAUUCAAGUCCUUAAUCAGGUUAACGCAGGAUGGACAUUUGAGCAUGCUUAGAGAGGAAAUAGAGAAAAAAGACCCGAUGAAGCAGACGCUGCAGGCUCACUUUGGGAGAUCAGGAGACACUCUUUUGCACUAUGCUGCCAGACACGGGCACCUCGAGGUGCUGAGGUAUCUGGUGGAGGAUGUGGGGAUGGACAUUGAGCUGUACAACAGUGAUUACAAGAGAGCUUUGCACGAGGCUGCGUCCAUGAGCCACGAGCAGUGUGUUCAGUAUCUCAUCCACAGAGGAGCCAAAAUUGACACGCUGAAGAAAGCGGACUGGACUCCUCUGAUGAUGGCUUGCACCCGACGGAACCUUGAGGUUAUUAAACUGCUUCUGGAUCACGGCGCUGACCCCACCAUCCGCAACAAGGACGGCUGGAACUCUUUCCACAUCGCGUGUCGAGAAGGUGAUGCUGCUGUGAUCGAGCAUCUCCUGCUGGUCAAGCCUGAGGUGUGGAGGACAGAGAGCAAGACCCGCCGGACCCCGCUGCAUACUGCCGCUAUGCACGGAUGUCUGGAAGUUGUCAGUAUCCUUCUUGAGAGAUGUUCUUAUAAAUCUGACGAGAAGGACAGCUGUGGAGUCACUCCGUUCAUGGAUGCUGUCAGAAACGGACACCUUGCAGUAGCCAAGCUGCUGUUGGAGAAACACCAAGCCUCCCCAACUGCUGUAGAUAUUCUGGGAGCACAGCCCUUACAUCAAGCAUCAGUGACAGCUCAAGAAGAAGCUUUACAUUUCCUUGUCCAGGAUCUCAACAUUGACGUGAACGCAGGAGCCACCAAGUUGGAGCUUACUGCUUUACAUUAUGCUGCUAAGGAGGGUCACACAAGUGCCAUAAAAACUUUGCUACAGUUGGGUGCUGAUCUCCACGCAAGAGAUAAGAAAGGAAGAUCAGCGUUACAUAUGGCAUGUAUUGGCCAGCAUGCAGCAGCAGCCACGACCCUUCUGCAGCUAGGACUCAGGGACACAGAGGACAGCACUGGCACUACGGCCAGACAGCAUGCCAAGAAACCAGACUUAACCAGAGUGUUCGAGAGCCCUGACAUAGAGAUAGAACAUUAACAACAGGCUAUGUGAGAAAUUUAACUUAAUAAUGAGAGCCCUUUGCAAAUGUAAACCAAUAAAAAAUAAAGCACUUCCAUGCAGAAA